GACUCUUUGAGGAAAGCUGCCUGCUGUCUUGAUGUGUACUAAUCAGUGUUUCUGUUUUGAGAUUCGUGAUUUUAUUCUCUAGUUUUUUCCCCGGGAAACAAACGGGGAGAUUGUACCAGUGCGUGAGAUUUCUAGACUAUACAAGCAUCUUAGAAUUUUUUUUUUCUGGCUUUCUAUUUUUUUUUUUUUUUUGCCGUGUCAAUGGUGUCUUCUUGACUUGUUUUGGUCAAGCCUUUCAAUGGCAUUUUUGGUAAUUCUAAAAGGAAAGGCGCUUUGAUAUUUAUGAGCCAAGUUUGUAUAAUUAGUAAAGAAACAUAAUUAAUAGACCAUCUUGAAGCGAUUUGGCAAAUUCAAAUUUGGUUAAAAACUAUGAGAGUAUUAGUUUUAUAAUCAAGCAUUAAAUCUAAAGGGGUCCUUACGUCAUUAGGUUCCAUGGUUAGUAUUUAUUGUUAACUGUUGUAAUUGUAAUUACCCGGUUGUAUCUGUUCGCCGCUACCAGGUCUAGAAGUUAAAGAAUUUUCAUCACACAAUUCUAAAUGGAGGAUGCUUUUUCUUGUUUAUUUUUUUGGUCAUCAAGGGAUAUACUAUAAUAGAGCCACUACAAAAUACCUGCUCCCUCCUAUUGGACUAAUAGCAGUGGGCUAGGGAAGACAUUGACUUGACUUUGUUGACUCAUUCCUUAUUCUCGUGUUUUUGUACAAUAAAUAUGACGGGCUUCAUGAAAAAUGUUGUGGUAGUCACUUUUUCGGGAAAUUUAUCAAAGUUAAAGGAGAUGGUGAGUUUUGGAUAUUUUGAAGUCCAAAGAAAACUGCGGUUCUUGUUUUGAUUGUUGAUCUUGGAAAUGAUUCGAGUUGUGUGGUACUGAUUUACUUGUGAUCAGUUUGAUACUGCUUUCUGAAACUUUCCGAGGAAACUCAGCUCAAAAAAGCAAGCCCUGCAUCCAGUUUUAUUGUUAAACAGCAUUUUCCUGUGAGCUUGACAGUCUUGUGCGAAACAUUUAAUGAAGUUUUGUGGUGAAGUUGGCAUUGAUUCCUGAGCGAUCCAGCUGUUGUUUGUCAGGACUGAAGUAUACGUUUGCAAUGCUUUGUUGCCAUCUCUACCAGAUAGCUGACUGAGAAUAAGAGGAACUAGAACUUCUUUGAAAAUGAAAUGAUCCUUCUACAAUUGUAUCUCAGAUUCUGUUUUUUUUCUCACUGAAAAUCAGCUGUCAACUGUUUGUUCUGGAUAUAUCAAUCUUUUCCUCUUUCUUAGCACCUCAGCUUCUGGAGUUCCAUUGCAAAAUUUAGUUUUAAGAGAUUCAUUCACAUGAAGAUCGUCAAUUGUGGGAUAUAUGUUCCUUUAAGCUCAACCACAAGAGAAAUAGGCCUCAAGAUUUUUGGCGCCUCAGUCUGAAUAGCAGAAUGAAGAAGUGGUACGGUGGUGUUCUGGUUGCAUCCUUGUUCAUGUUACUGAUCCUUAGAUAUGGUCUCCUGAAAAAUCCAAUCGGAGGAAAUAUUCUGUUGAAUCCCUCCUCCAAUGCAAGCAAGCCUCUUGAAUGGGUGCAUCCUGCUCUUCCACCUGCAGUUCAAAAUCCAGAGACUUCUUCUCAAGUUUUUUCUACAGAUACUAUAGUCUCCAGUCUGUUUGCUCCGAGAAAUAUUUCCAAUGAAGAGCACAAGUCUCUGCAGACAUGGAAUCUACUGAAACACUUGAUUGAUCAUGCUCAGGUUUUCGCAAAUGGAGUAGAAGCUAUUAAGGAAGCUGGAAAUGCGUGGAGCAGCCUGAUGGCUUCAGCAGAAGAGGAAAGACUUAGUUAUACAAAUGAAAGUUCAAGUAGGAAAGUGAAAGAGAAACAAUGUCCUCACUUUCUUAACAAAAUGAAUGCCACAGAGCUUGAUAAUAGUGGUUAUAAAUUGUGGCUUCCUUGUGGCUUGACUCAGGGUUCGUCCAUCACAAUUAUCAGCAUUCCAGAUGGUCUUCUCGGUAAUUUUCGGAUCGACUUAACCGGGGAAGCACUUCCAGGGGAACCUGAUCCACCCAUCAUUUUACAUUACAAUGUUAGGCUUCAUGGUGAUAAGAUUACAGAGGAUCCUGUAAUUGUCCAAAACACCUGGAAUGCGGCUCAUGACUGGGGUGAAGAGGAGCGUUGUCCUUCUCCAUCUCCUGAAAAGAAUAAGAAAGUGGACGAGUUGGAUCAAUGUAAUAAGAUGGUGGGCAGAAACGAUACUCGGGUGACUAGCAUGCAUUCUGAUCAUUCAAGAAGGUCAUCACUUCAGGAAGGAACUAAAGCAAGAAGAUAUUUUCCAUUUAAGCAAGGUCAGCUAUCUGUCGCAACGCUUAGAGUGGGAAUGGAAGGAAUCCAGAUGACUGUUGAUGGAAAGCACAUAACAUCUUUUGCAUAUCGUGAAACUUUGGAGCCAUGGCUAGUCAGUGAAGUUAGGAUUUCUGGGGACCUAAAUCUAAUUUCAGUUGUGGCUAGUGGUCUACCUACAUCAGAGGAUUCAGAGCAUGCAGUUGAUCUAGAAGUACUCAAAUCAGUUCCUCUCUCUCCAAAAAAAACACUGGAUCUCUUUAUUGGUGUCUUUUCUACGGCAAACAAUUUUAAGCGGAGGAUGGCUGUUCGAAGAACAUGGAUGCAGUAUGCUGCAGUGCGAUCAGGGGCAGUUGCAGUGCGCUUUUUUGUUGGUCUGCAUAAAAAUCAAAUAGUGAAUGAGGAACUCUGGAAUGAAGCACGGACAUAUGGAGACAUACAGCUGAUGCCUUUUGUUGACUACUACAACCUCAUCACCUUUAAAACUUUAGCUAUCUGCAUAUUUGGGACAGAGGUUGCAUCAGCUAAGUAUGUCAUGAAGACAGAUGACGAUGCGUUUGUUCGUGUGGAUGAAGUGUUAGCUUCUUUAAAGAGGAUCAAAGUGAGUCAUGGGUUGCUCUAUGGAUUAAUCAAUUCAGACUCUCGGCCUCAUAGGAGUACUGAAAGCAAGUGGUAUAUUAGCCCUGAGGAAUGGUCUGAAGAGACCUAUCCCCCCUGGGCACAUGGUCCUGGUUACGUUGUGUCCCGUGACAUUGCCAAGGCAGUUUACAAGAGAUACAAAGAAGGCCGUUUAAAGAUGUUUAAGCUAGAGGAUGUAGCAAUGGGUAUCUGGAUUGCUGAAAUGAAAAAGGAGGGUUUAGAAGUCAAAUAUGAGAUGGAAGGGAGGGUCCAUAAUGAAGGGUGCAGGGAUGGCUAUGUUGUUGCCCACUACCAAGCUCCUAGGGAAAUGCUUUGCCUGUGGCAGAAACUUCAAGAAGGGAAUGUUGCUAGGUGCUGCGGUGAUCGAUAAGCUUCACUGAUCACCUUUUGUUAUUAGGGCUCCACAAAACCACAUGCAUUAAUACAAUAAUCUCCUUAACCAAUUUCUAAUUGAAAAUUUUGCUUUCCAGAUUGAGCAAAUAGAGUCUCUGCUUAGAACUAGAGGAGGGCAUUUGGCUCAAGGCCUUCCACAAAGGUAGGUAGUUGCCUUUGUAUAAUUAUUAUUAUUAUAUAUUGUACUUUAGAUUGUUACAUCAUGUCACGGACGAUGCACGUAGGAGAGAUUGGUGCCUUGUAUAGAAGAUUUCUGUCUUGUAACCAGUUUAUAGAAAUUCUUUUUGUCGCAAUAUAGUCAUUUUGCCCUUAGCAA